AUGAAUAAGAUCAAGGAGAAGAUCAAGGGGUUGACAGGUAGUGGCCCGCUGGAGAAAUCGUCGCGGUGGGUGGGUGAGCAUCCUGGAUAUGAUAAUACGCCGUUGCCUCGCUUCACCCGGGCGGGAUUGGGGAUGGGUGUUUUGGUAUCAAUGGGAGGUUUCGUGUUUGGCUAUGACACUGGUCAAAUCUCUGGCUUCCUGGAGAUGGUCGACUUCCGACGUCGCUUCGGUCAGAGACGCCGCAAUGGCGACCUUUACUUCUCCAACGUGAGGUCGGGUCUCAUUGUCGCUUUGCUUUCCAUUGGCACACUGUUUGGAGCGCUCAUUGCGGCACCGAUUGCAGAUAAGAUUGGUAGGAAGAUGAGUAUCAUUGCCUGGUGUGGCAUCCUUUCUGUGGGUUUCAUAGUACAAAUGACUGCAACCGACAAAUGGUACCAGAUCAUGAUGGGCAGAUUUGUUGCUGGUUUGGGAGUCGGGGCUAUGAGUUUGCUCGUGCCCAUGUACCAGGCGGAAACGGCGCCGCGCCAUAUUCGUGGCGCUCUCAUCUCAACGUACCAGCUCAUGAUUACCUUUGGUAUUUUCCUCGCUGCCGUCUUCAACUAUGCAGCUGAAAAGCACCAAUCUGGUAAAAAGGCUUCGUGGCUGAUCACAUUGGGACUUUCAUUCGUGCCCGCUGCUAUUCUCGCCGUCGGUAUUUUGUGGUUUGAUGAAACGCCCCGUUUCAAUUUCCGCCAUGGUAGAGUGGACAAAGCUACCAAGACGAUGGUCGAUGUAUAUGGUGUACCCGAAAACAAUUACGCCAUCCAAAUGGAACUGCAGGAAAUGCGGGAGAAGUUGGAAGCUGAGAGCAAAAUCACUAAUAAUCCUAUUCAAGAAUGGAUCGGCAUGUGGUCAGCGCCGAAGAUGGCAUAUCGUAUUGCGAUCGGUAUGGGAUUACAGAUGUUCCAGCAACUGACAGGAGCCAACUACUUCUUCUACUAUGGCACCACUGUUUUCGCAGGUACUGGUAUCAAGAAUUCGUUCGUAACACAGAUGAUCCUUAAUGGCAUAAACUUCGGGGUCACUUUCUACGGCCUGUAUAUCGUUGAACACUAUGGUCGCCGCAGGUCAUUGAUUGCUGGUUCGUGCUGGAUGUUCAUCUGUUUUUUGAUCUUUGCGUCUGUUGGCCACUUUUCGCUGGAUCGACAGAACCCAGAGAAUACCGAGAGCGCGGCAACGGCUAUGAUUUGCUUUGCCUGUUUCUUCAUUUUUGGAUUUGCGACGACUUGGGGCCCGAUGAUCUGGACAAUCUGUGGUGAGCUGUACCCCAGCCGUUACCGCGCAAAAGCCAUGGCCUUGUCAACAGCAUCAAAUUGGUUCUGGAAUUUCCUAUUGGCCUUCUUCACUCCGUUCAUUACUGGCGCUAUCGACUUCCGCUAUGGCUACGUCUUUGCUGGAACUAAUAUACUUGGCGGCCUCAUCGUCUACUUUUUCGUUAUCGAGGGCCAAGGCCGCACUCUGGAGGAGAUCGAUACGAUGUACUUGAUGGGAGUCAAGCCUUGGGAAAGCUCAAAGUGGGUAGUACCUAGUCUAGAAGAGAUGAACAGUAAGACAAGGCAGCAGCUUGAGGCGUUGAAUCCAGAGUUGGCGUUGAAGAAGGAGGUUGCGAGCGGCGAGGGUGGCGUCCAGAAUGGCGCCAAUGCAGGAGAGAUAGAGAGGAGUUCCCGGGACAGUGAUACCAAUGGGGAAGCGAACAGGGAAGCCCCAGCAAAGGAUAAAGAUAUGGAACCGGACUCGAUGCGGCCUGAUGAGGGUGUUGAUGGCCAAGUUCUUCAGAAUCGGACUGAGCAUCCAGAAUUUGGCAAGGAUGCGGAUUACGGCCACGAAACUUUUCCGGGCGAAACUUCGGGUGAUGGUACCACUCAGGCUGGUGUAAAGCGCAUCGAGGCUGUGAGUAAGGCGUGGACAAAGGCAUCACUAAUCGUCGCCUAUGUCUCCCUUCUCCUCAUCGCCAACGUUACCUCCCUCGAGAUUCAAGUCACGGGUGCCUUGGUACCAUUUGCGACAAGUGCUUUUUCCGCACAUUCUCUGGUUUCUACUGUCACCGUUGUGCAGGGUGUGGUCGCCUCUGUCAUCAAACCUCCAGCAGGAAAGAUCGCUGAUGUUUUCGGUCGCCUGGAAUCCUUUACUAUCAUCGUCACUCUGUACACUCUUGGCUAUAUCAUGCAGGCCGCCUCGAAUAGUGUUCAAACAUUUGCUGGCGCGCAAAUAUUCUGGUCGAUUGGCUUCAACGGAUUGCAGGUCUUGCAGCAGAUCUUCGUAGCCGACACCACGGACUUGUUGAACCGUGCACUCUUCUCAACCCUGUUCGACUUACCCUUUCUAUGGACGACAUGGGCUGGACCGGAGCAUUUGACAGUGGCAUUCUACAUGUCGGUCUUCCCGUACUUCUACUCUUAUCUCCAGAUCGUUCAGGGCCAGUCCCUUACUGCCGCCAGCUAUAUCACCCGAGUAUUCAGCUUCAGUUCGACAGUCUCGUCGGUCGUGGUCUCGCUCAUGAUCAAGUAUACUGGCCAUUACAAGUACUAUGUGACUUGUGGUUCUGCCAUCUACCUCUUAGGGAUGGGCCUCAUGCUAGCCUACCGCACGCAAGACGCGUCUACGGCUACGCUUGUAGGUACUCAGAUCGUCAUCGGUAUCGGCGGUGGUUUUCUCAACGUCCCGGUACAACUCGGUGUCCAAGCAUCGGCUUCGCAUCAACAAGUUGCAGCGGCAACAACCGUAUGGCUUACGCUCCUUGAAGUUGGUGGUGCUGUUGGAUCGGCUAUCUCGGGCGCUAUUUGGUCAACGUACAUUCCUGCAAAGCUUCAGCAGUACCUCCCUGAAGCAAAUGCAGCAGACUGGGCAACAAUCUACGGCAGUAUUACAAUAGCUGCAGAUUACGCCACCUAUCCACCUGGCUCACCUGUUCGCAUUGCGAUCAAUAGGGCAUACCAAGAGACGAUGCGUUACCUCCUGAUCGGUGCUCUUUGUUGUGCUGCGCCUAUUCUGCCAUUAACAUUCUUCCUCAAAAACUACAAGCUCGACCAAAUGGAUCAAAAGGUGGUAGGUAAUGUGGUUGGAAGUGCGGAAAAAAAGGAUAAGGGCAAGAGCUGGAAGUUCUGGCAGCGUGGAUAG